CUGUCGCUCUGAUACAGACAGAUGUACCUCUUCAUUCUCUCUUAAUCAUCUAUAUAGCAAAGGAUACAAACUUGGACCUUGUUUUUUUGUUUUUAACAAAAAGGAUAAUGUCUUCCUUGAAAGCAGCAUGGAGGCGUUGUAAUUGAUUGUGAAGUGGAGUUUAUGCAGAGCUUGAAAGGAGAAGCUGGUGACUGAAGAAGGAAACAAGGAGAAGACGAGCAUGGCGCACUCAUCUGUUUGGAUCUUUCUGUUGUGCUUUUCUCUCACUCAUCAAAGGGCGGCAGCCCAAGCUGAAGCUUGCAGGACAGUGGAGCAGGCAGACAUUGUGUUUCUAGUGGAUGAGUCAUGGAGUGUGGGUCAGACCAGCUUUUUCAGAGUCAAAGACUUCAUCUCAGCCAUCAUGUCCUCCUUCCAGGACAACGCAGUGGGAGCUGAGGGGGUUCGCUUUGGAGUCACUCUCUUUGGGGAUGUUCCAAGGAUGCUGGUUGCUUUGACAGACUACAGUUCACUUGAGGAGGUGCUCAGAACUGUUGGAAACCUCCCCUACGGCGGAGGAUCGAGGAGGACAGGCAGCGCUCUCCAGUUCCUUGUAGAUUCUGUGUUCAGCCCUGCCAUCAGCCGAGAUUUUACCCCAAAGAUUGCUGUUUUGAUCACGACCGGACGCUCGGAUGACCAGGUCGACCUUGGAGCCAAGGCGGUUGCAGACAGUGGGAUUACACUCUUUGCAGUAGGCGUAAGAGGAGCCGAUGUGUCUGAGUUGAGAAGGAUUGUGUCUGACCCCUUCGGGGAACAUCUUUUGGAGUGUGCAGACUUCUCUCUCCUGGAAACUCUUCUUCCCAAACUGUCCCGGAGGUUAUGUUUCAGUGCUUCUGAACCUCCGCGACCUGUAAAAACCAUUCAGCCGAGUGAGCAGCACAUGGUUGGUCCCAGAGACUUGCAGGUGAGUGAGUUGGCCCACAGCUCCCUCAGGCUGACGUGGAGCCAGGCUACGGGGGACGUCACCGGGUACCGUCUCUUGGUCACACCUCUCAGCUCCAGGGGACAACUCCUUCUCAACCAGCAGAGGCAGCUGGAUCUGAAGGCAGAUGUGAGCACUGCUGUGGUGUCAGAGCUCAGUCCGAAGAUGGAGUAUUCCCUCACCCUCUACGCCGUCUACCCAAACCUCAUCGGCAACUCUGAAACAAUCACAGUAAAAACAACUUCAUUGCCCAAAGUAUCAAACUUCCGCGUUAUCGAGGAGGGAUUAUUCUCUCUACGUCUUGGCUGGACUCCUCCUCUGGGAAAACUCAAUGGAUUCAAGAUCUUUAUACCUAGGUCCAACAGACCAGGAUUAGCAUUCGAGCAGCUGCUUCCUGGAGACAUCUCUUCUCAUGUGAUUGACGGCCUGGAAGAAGAUAAAAAGUAUACCGUUAAUAUCUAUGCGGUUUACCCCGAGGGACCCAGUGAACCAGUGUCAUUAGUGGGAAAAACAUUAAAAUUAGUGGCUGUCAAGCAGUUCCUGGUCCAGAAUGCCACUACAGAUACCGUCCAAGCAAGGUGGGAGUCAGUCAAGGGGGCAACAGGAUACCGUCUGACAUGGGCAUCCCCAGAUGGUCACAUAGAGAACGUCAACCUCGGGGAGAACUUCAACUUCUACAUGAUCCAAGGCCUGCACUCAGGCUCUGAGUACAUCGUCACAAUCAAUCCCAUCUUUGGAGACACCGAGGGACCCGUCACCACCAACAAAGUCAAAACAUUGGAAAGCAGUGCAGUUCAAACUCUGAAGGCGUCCGCUGUAAGCACUAGUUCAGCUGUUGUGUCUUGGAACAGUGUCCCAGGGGCCACAGGAUACAGGCUGGCAUGGGGACCCACCCCAGAAUUUGCUGGUCGAGAUCGUCCAAGGCAAUUGGCUUUGAAUAGCAGCACUACAGAAUACAAGCUGAAGAACGUGGCUCACGACACAGAAUACGUCCUGACUCUAUAUGUGCUUUUUGGGUCCGCCGUCGGGCCUGGCAUCUCUGCGACGUUUAGAACUUCUCCUUUAGGUUAUGUAUCCAACUUUAAGGUGACAUCUUACACUAGUACCUCCAUAGCUGUGGAGUGGAGUCCUAUUGUUGGAGCCACAGAAUACAAACUUUCUUGGUACACAGAUGAGGGCAAGCCACAGUUCCAGUAUCUAGACCGAAGUGUCUUGUCCCACCAGAUCAAGGAUCUUAUCCCUCAGUCCACUUACACAAUAACUAUCCGUGCAGUGUACGGCAACUCGGAGGGACCAGAUAUUUCCUUGUCUCAACUAACAUCUGCAGUCUCAGGGUCAGAGCCAAUCCAGCCAGUGAGGGAGCUGAAAGUUGUGGACAUUGGGGUAAAUUCCUUCACCUUGUCUUGGAAGAAAACACCAGGAGUUUCAGGAUACAAAAUCUACUGGAUUCCCUUUCUUGGGGGUAAGGAGAAAUCCCAAGUGGUACCUGCUGCUUCCACAACCUUCACCAUGGACAACCUUCAGGAGAGCUCGGCUUAUAAGAUCCAGGUUUCCCCCAUGGUUGGUGGAAGGGAGGGAAGUCCUGUCCUCGUCACUGCACGAACAUUGGAUCUUCCAAAAGUGGAGGGCUUCGCUGCCCUGAACACAACUGAGAGCAGUGCAGUUCUGAACUGGACUCGUGUAGCAGGAGUCUCUGGGUAUCUUCUCUCUUGGAGGCAUAUUUCAGUGUUGGAGACAAAAACAGAAACCCUGGGUCCUGCCUUCUCCUCCUAUAAGAUCAGUAACCUGCAGUAUGGUAGAACAUACAUUUUCUCCAUCAGACCAUUGUAUGGUGAAGUGGAGGGACCGAUAAGCACCAUAUAUCAGAGAAUAUCUGGCCCCCACACUGUUUUUGUCGUCAACCCAACCAUUGCUCAACCAGCCACCAAGGGCACUGAGCCCCCCACAGCUGCACCACCAGCUAACUCCAUAACUACUAAAACGCCUCCAGUCCAGCCCAGUGUCACUAAGGCCGAGGAGGCUGCAGUCACUUCCCUGAAAGUAUCCACAAAGUCAACAGCUCCAUCACAGCCAGUAUGUGGGAAGACCAAAGCAGACAUAGUCUUCUUGGUGGACGAGUCGUCAAGCAUCGGCGUUAACAACUUUGCCAAGAUGAAAGACUUCAUUUUCCGAGUGACCACUUACUUCCCAGUUAUCAGCGCACAUGGCACACAGGUUGCCGUGGUUCAUUACAGCGAUGAGCCUCGUAUUGAGUUUCAUCUAAGUGACUUCAAAGACAGAAACUCUGUGCUCAGGGCUAUCAGAGGGCUGCGCUACAAAGGUGGCAACACCAAAACAGGAAAAGGCAUCGGCUACGUUCUGCAGGAACUGUUCAAGGAGUCUUUGGGGAUGAGACAAGAUGUGGCCCAUGUUCUGGUUCUGAUCACAGACGGCAGGGCCCAGGAUGAUGUGACGCCACCUUCCAUUGCACGUGCUUUAGGGGUUAGCAUAUUAGCAGUUGGAGUUUCCAAUGCCGACAUCGAGGAGCUGAGUAAAAUUGCAGCUCCCAGCAGCUAUAAAAAUAUCUUCUACUCGCCAACCUUUGAUGACUUCCCCUCCAUAGAGAGAGAAUUUAUCCAAAGCAUCUGCAGUGAGGAGCUUCUCUCUGAAUUCAAACUACAGGAUGAGUUUGCUCAGUUGGACACUCCGACUGAAGACCCAGAGGAGCUGAAUAAGCCUUUAGGUCCCUGCGCCUCACAGUGUGUCAAGGGCCAGAAAGGGGAAAAGGGAAACGGUUUUGGUGGUUUGCAAUUUAGGCAAAGCCCUGGACAGUUUGAUCCUUUCAUAUCAUCCAAAGGAGAAAGAGGAGAGAAGGGAUCUCCAGGAACGGAUGGUAUCCCUGGGUUGCCAGGACGACCAGGACGAACGGGACCUCCAGGUUCUGCUGGUCAGCGGGGCCUUCCAGGUGUCCCGGGGGAAAUGGGACCUCCAGGUGUCUCCGGUUCAAAGGGACAAAGGGGAGAGAGAGGAGAGCCUGGCUAUGUUAUAGCUGGUACAGAUUCAAAUUUUGUGCCUGGGAGAAAAGGAGAACCUGGAUCUUCAGGCCCGCAGGGACCACCUGGGGUACCGGGAGCGAAUGGAUCACCUGGCCUCCCCGGCCAGGCAGGCCCGCCAGGAUCACCAGGAAUAUCUGUGAAGGGAGAUCCUGGAGCUAUGGGUGCCAAAGGUUUACGAGGGAAGCAAGGCUUGAAAGGAGACAAAGGAGAGCCAGGAAAGGAUGGAAUUGCAGGUCUUCCUGGUCCCAUCGGCAUUGAUGGCAUACCAGGAUUGCCAGGUCACAAAGGAGAAAAGGGUGAAGAUGGACUCGGUAUACAAGGAAUCCAAGGCCCUCAAGGAGAGAAAGGAGAGAAGGGAAAUAUUGGCUUAACAGGAGCAGAGGGACUAAAGGGUGACCGUGGAGACCAGGGCAUCCAGGGACUUGGUGGCCCCCGGGGGAAAAAGGGCGUCAAAGGAGACAAAGGGGACAAGGGAGAGCAAGGAGAAAAAGGACCUGAUGGACCACAAGGACCUCAAGGAUUAAUUGGGCCAGUUGGAUUGAAAGGAGAUGAAGGACAAAGAGGAGCCCCAGGAGAUCCUGCAAUGGGUAUAAUUGGUCCACCUGGAAAAAAAGGUGCCAGGGGAGAUCUCGGCCCAAUUGGUCAAACAGGCCCUCAGGGAAUAAAAGGAGAUCAAGGAGAGAAAGGGGAGAAGGGAAGUCCUGGUUUUGGGAUUCCAGGUCUGCCAGGACAGAAGGGGAUAAAUGGUGAGAGGGGAAAUGUUGGUCUAUCAGGAAAACCAGGACCAAAGGGCAAAGAUGGUGCAAAAGGGGAGAAAGGAAGUGUUGGCUUGCCUGGAAAUUCUGGAGAACCAGGAUUAAGAGGUAAAGAUGGAGCAUCUGGACCGAAGGGAGAGCCAGGAACGAAGGGUGACCCAGGGUUAACUGGAGAGCCCGGUGAAAGAGGAAUAAGGGGCCCAUUGGGGUUACCAGGGCGACCAGGUGACCCUGGAGAAAAAGGUGAACCAGGUCUUCCUGGUACUGAUGGAAAAAAGGGAGAUAAAGGAGAGAUGGGGAAACCUGGACCCCCGGGUACACAAGUUGUUGCAGAAAACAACAUACUGACCAGAGUUAUUAAGGGUGACCCUGGAGAACCGGGCCAGGCUGGCCUGAGAGGAGAAACUGGUCUACCUGGGCCAAGAGGACCAGAAGGGAAACCUGGAUUACCGGGAAAUUCGCAGGGCUCUGGAAGAGAUGGACUUGACGGCCUUCCAGGAAAACCGGGAAUAAAGGGAGAUAAAGGGCAUAAAGGUGAACCUGGUCCAAGAGGAGAGCAAGGGAUUGCUGGAAUGCCUGGAUUACCAGGAACUCCAGGGAGACCAGGGAUUGAUGGGAAGAGAGGCCUCCCUGGAAAGGAUGGAGAAAAUGGGUUCAAAGGAGAGGACGGUGAAAAGGGCGACAAAGGGGAUCCUGGUGUUAAUGGGAAAGAUGGAAGUAAAGGGGAGCCAGGGCCUCCAGGUUCGCCAGGGAGGCAGGUGCUGGUCACGACUGAGGGCGCCACAAUUGAUGACAUUCGGCAGGCAUUUCCAAUCCCAAUGGGUCCACCAGGAGCUACUGGUGCACCAGGAAUGAAGGGUGAAAAAGGAGAGCGAGGCCUGAAAGGGGAAAAGGGGGAUGCUGGCACUGCUGGAAAGUCUCUGGAAAUGAAGGACAUUGAAGAAAUGUUUGAAAACUAUGGAAUAAGGCUGCCUUUGUUGAAGGCUUUGAUUGACAGGCUGCUGCAGGAUGGUAUAGAGGAACUGCUCCAAGUGCUCACCACAUCCAAGAAAAAAGAAAAAACUGAUACUCACACCUCCAAUGUCAUCACUGAGUACACUAGUUCUUUGAAAUUUGAUCUCACCAGCAAGCCGCUGAUAGCGUUAGAUGAUGAGGACCAACAUUUAGAGGUCCAGCCGCAUGAUCCUCUGUCAACUGGUCCUUUGAUUGAAACUGCAGAGGGUCCAACGCUAUGGACCAUAACUACAGUGGACGGAGAGAAGAAACUCACCAAAUUAAAAGGAUCCAAAGGGACAGGGGAAGAAGACUGGGACGGGGACAAAGUGUCUUCACUCAAAAUGAAUCUGACUCUGGUCAAUUCUACCUUGAACUAUACCAAUCUUGAGGAGACAGUCUCAGGGUUGCCUGAAACUGUGCUGCAGACAGUUCUCACACAGGACGAACCGCUGAAGAAGAACUCAGCACCAAAGAAGAAGAACAGGAAACAUGGGAAAGGCAAAGGAAAUAAAGGACGACAUAAGAGGCAGAGACAAGGCCUGAUGAAUAUUGACCACAAGCAAAAGGAAGAUGAAAAUGAGGACUUCUACGACGAUGAAGAAUAUACUUAUGAAUACGAGGAAGAACUUUUCCCAGACGAACCUACAGUCUCUCUGGAGAGGACAGAGAAGAGAGAGGAGGAACAGCUACUCACACAAAGUCCAGACCUGUUUGAAACCUCCAGUCGUCCUCUAGCCACUGUCAGAGAAACCGAUGCACAGAUUAUCACAACCACCACAUCACCUUCUUCAUCUCUGGAUAGUGUAGAUAAGGAUGAGGUGACUCUGCCCACUCCUCCGGCAGGAACAGGAGAAUCAGAUAAGGAGCCUCAGCCUCAAACCAGAGUGAAAAGAGACACAUUUUGGCAUGACUCAAUGGUAUUUAUUCCAGGUGCUCCAGGUGGAAGAAUCCGGAUGAAGGAAAUGCAAAAAAAUCCGUCCUCUGGAGCGCAGGGUUACAGCAGCUGGAGGAGACAAAAGCUCAACAAUCUCAAUGCUCAGGGACAUGCAAAUAGGGAGAGGCAAGAAAUGGGAGAGAAAGAGAUAUACAGUGAUGCAAAUGGAGAGAUAAUGUUUGGACCAGAUGAUCUGACUGAGAGAGUAACUGUAGCAGAACCAGAAGCCGACCCUGAUCUGGUCUACGAGGUGGAGGAGGAGAGGAGUGGCGACUACGACUGGGAGACGGAGGAAGAUGUCGAUCGCGAGAGAGAAACCGAAGAGGAGCUGGAGAGGCAGCGCGAGAAGGAGAGGCUGGAAAUGGAGAGGGAAAGAGAGGAGCUGGAGAAGGAGAGGGAGGCCGAACAUGAGACGGAGAGAGAAAAGAUGGAAGGGGAGAAGGAUGUGGAGCAGGAGGUGGAGAGAGACUUUGAGAGGGAGAGGAAGGAGUGGGAAAGGAGGAGGGCGGAGAUGGAGAGGGGAAGAGGGGGAGGAUACAGUGAAGAAACUGGACAGCCAUACCCGUACCCUCCACAGUACUUUUUUCAGAAGGGGCAGCCAGGUGAGAAUGGGAAACCGGGACCAAAGGGGGAAAUUGGUGAAAAAGGACAAAAGGGUGAGCCAGGUAUUGGUUACAGAGGGCCAGAGGGCCAAGCCGGCCCCCCAGGGCAAAAGGGUGAGCCGGGUGAGCCAGGACCUCCAGGAGCGCAGGGCAUCCAGGGCAUUAAUGGAAAUGCAGGAAUACAGGGUAUCCCAGGACUCAAGGGGCCUUCUGGAGAUCCAGGAGAGCCAGGCAGAGAGGGUGAACGGGGUAAAAGAGGGAAGAAUGGAUCGACUGGACCCCCAGGACUUAGAGGUGCACCAGGGCCUGAUGGUCUUCCUGGAGUACCUGGUGUCAAAGGAGAAAAGGGUGACAGUAUUCCAGGUCAGCCUGGUGCCAGAGGAGUUCCUGGUCCACCUGGCAGACAGGGUGAAAGGGGAACCGCAGGUGUUAAAGGAAGCCCUGGUCAUAUUGGUCCAAAAGGCUUGCGGGGCAACAAAGGAGAAAAGGGGGACCGCGGCGUACCUGGACUCAGAGGAGAGAGAGGGAGCGUACUUCAGAUUCAAGGACCUCGUGGUUUCAAGGGCUCCAAAGGGGAUGCGGGUGAGAGGGGCCCACCAGGUUUUGACGGGGAUAAAGGAGAGAAGGGUGAGGACGGUCCUCCAGGAGUAAAGGGCCUCAAAGGGGACGCGGGCACUAAAGGGGCACUGGGUCGAUUUGGAGCGCGAGGGCCGGUGGGCCAGAAAGGGGAACCUGGAGAGCCAGGGCUGAAUGGAGUGAUGGGGCUCAACGGACAGCAUGGAAUGGAUGGAGAAAAAGGCGACAAAGGAGAUGUUGGACUUCAAGGCAUGCAGGGUGAUCAGGGCGAUCCAGGAGAACCGGGCUUUUCUGGGAAUACAGGGGAGAAGGGAGAAAAGGGUUUCAGAGGGUUUUCUGGACGCACCGGUAAUCCCGGGCUUGACGGCGAAAAGGGAGAUCCAGGCGUGCCUGGCAGUGCAGGUUUACCAGGACUUAAUGGACUCACAGGACGCAAGGGGGACAAAGGAGUUGGAGGGACCAAUGGUGCUGAUGGUGACCCAGGGGAGAAAGGGGAUAAGGGUGCUGCAGGUUUCCCUGGAUUUCCAGGCUUCAAGGGGUCAGCUGGCAGUCCAGGAUUAGAUGGAGAUGAGGGACCACCCGGGGCCCCUGGUCCUCGUGGGGAUACGGGACCCAAGGGUGAGCGGGGCAGGAGGGGCAAAACGAGGCCAUGCCAGAGGGGGGUGCCAGGAUCCCAAGGACUGCGAGGAGAAAUUGGUUCAGAGGGUAUGGAAGGAGCAAAGGGGGAAAAAGGAGAACCCGGAUUAUCAGCUGAAGACGUGAAGGAGCUUGUCAACCAGGAGGUGGUUGAAAAGUGCGGACUGGAAUACAAGUUUAUGGUAAAGUCUGUGGACCCGGAUGCAUCAUACGUGGUUACUGGUAGCAAAACUACCAGUAAGCCCAAAGAUUUGGCGAUAAACAUCUCUUCUGUGACUGAACGUCGUGAAGAAAGGACGAGACAUGACGCUCAAAAACAAGAAUCCAACAGCAACAUGAAAGAAGUUACAAGUACUCUUCCACUGAAUCUCGAAGAGGCCAGGAGCUCACGAAAUCACACUGAUUCUCAUGAGGGACGGGCUGUGAAGUCGAGAGAGAGGAAGAGAAGACGACUAUCUGGUUCUAAGGAUGAUGAUUGCUGUUUGCUACCGAUGUCAGAAGGAGCUUGUUCGGAGUACGCUCUGGUCUGGUAUUUCCACAGCCAGUCGGGGGAAUGCAGGCCUUUUGUAUACGGCGGCUGUGGUGGCAACCAAAACCGAUUCAGAUCUAAACAGGACUGUGAGAGUCUGUGUGGAACAAAGAGUGGAGUGACAGAAACUCGGUCAGCUCUGACGGAGGACCUACCUUCAGACAGCUGAUGCAGAGAUGGAAAUACAGCUUUGGCGCAGUUUCUGUCUGUCAGUGUGGUGUUACUGAAGAUACGCUGUUUUUGUUUUCUGAUUUUUCUUUAUUUAUAGUUUUUUUUUUUGUGAAAGCAAUUUGGUUUCUGGACUUUUACCAGUGAACAGAAUUGGAAUGUGAGCAACAUUAUGCCAGAGCCUGUACUUUUAUCUGUUUGUUUUAUUGGUGGAACUGACAUUGAUUGAGGUGGGUUUUUUUGUUUAUGUGAUUAUAAUUAAUACUACUGAUGAAAAAUAAAACUGGUUUUAUGUGUGUA